CGCCCCUAAAUUGGAAUCUGGACAGGUCUCAAAAAAAAAAAAAAACUUCAAAAUUUCGUUUUCUAAUCUUAGUUCGAUUCUUUAUUUUGAGAACUGCAAUUGCACUGAAUCCCAGAACAUGUUGAUCUGUUUCAUCAACUCCAAUUCUAUCAAUUUCCAUGUGUUCAAAAAACUUGGUUCAAAUCACUUCCAAAAUCACAGCUCUUGCAAAAUCCGGAAGUAUCUCAUGUGCGCGGAAGCUGUUCGAUGAAAUGCCUCGCAGAGACACAAUCGCUUGGAACGCAAUGAUAAGCGGAUAUUCGCAGCUGGGCUUUCAGAAAGAAUCUCUAUCACUGUUUAGCAGUAUGAGAUUCAGCAAGGAAAACCCCGAUCACUUCACGUACACCGCUGUCUUAAGUGCCUGCGCCGGUUUAAAGGAAAUCAGAUUCGGACAAGGCUUUCACGCACUUGUUAUUGUCUCAGGGUGCAGUUCUUUCUUGCCUGUGAAUAAUGCGCUUAUCGAUAUGUACGGUAAGUGCUUAAGAGCUGAAGAAGCGAAUAGAGUGUUUGAGGAGAUGGAGUUGAAGAACGAGGUUUCGUGGUGUUCGUUAUUGUUUGCUUACGUAAAUGUCGGUCUUCUUGAUAUUUCAAAGACUAUCUUCUUUAGUAUGCCGAAAAAAGUGGUUGUAGCUUGGAAUACUAUUAUUUCCGGUUAUGCGAAGUGGGGAGAAAUUGAACCGUGUUUGGAAUUGUUCAAGAAGAUGUUAAAGGAACACUCUUGCAGACCAGAUCAAUGGACAUUAAGCGCAGUUAUAAACGCUUGUUCCGAAACGAACGACCCUUGUUACGGUUUUAUGCUGCAUGGUUUCAUCAUCCGAAGCGGCGGGCAUUCUGCAGCUGAGGUUAACAGCUCGGUCCUUAGUUUCUACAUAAAAUUCGGUGAGAAAAACGAUGUUCUGAAAGCGGUUGAAUCUCUUCGAAUAUGUAACGAAAUUUCUCGAAACGUGAUCAUUGAUGCUUAUAUGAGUAUUGGUGAUCUCGAGGAAGCUUAUCUAUCAUUUCAGCGUGUGCCCGAGAAGAAUCUUAUAUCAUGGACAUCAAUGAUCAGCGGAUACAUGAGAAACGGGCAUGCGGAAUAUGCUUUAAGAUUCUUUCUUGAUCUGAUGAAAAGUCAUAUAAAGCCAGAUGAUAUUACAUUAGGUACCGUUUUACAUGCAUGUUCGAAUUUGGCGACACUCGGCCACGGUAGAAUGGUCCACGCAUGUGUGGUUCGGUUCGGUUUUCGUUCCUACGCCUACGUAAGCAAUGGCCUGGUGAAUAUGUAUGCUAAAUGCGGUGACAUCAGCAACGCGUAUCGUGCAUUUAAUGAUGUUCUAAAUAAGGAUUUGAUUUCGUGGAAUACGAUGUUGUUCGGAUUUGGAUUGCAUGGGCGGUCUAACCAAGCACUGCGUAUUUUCGAAGAAAUGCUGGCUUCGAAUGUAAAGCCAGACAAAGUAACAUUCAUAGGUCUAUUAAUGACUUGCAGCCACUUGGGAUUAAUCGAAGAAGGGCUCUCGUUUUUCGAGUCAAUGAAUUCAAAAUUCAAUCUUUCUCCUGAAAUUGACCAUAUUUCUUGCGUGGUGGACAUGUUAUGCCGAUGUGGGAAAUUCGAAAAGGCGAAAGAGUUUGCUAAUAAACACGUUGGAGCAAGUGAUUCAAAAGUGAGCUCAUUGGAAGUUCUUUUUGGAUCUUGUUCUUCUUUUCAUGGAAUUAACGAUUUGGGCGCGGGAGAAGAAUUGGCGGGAAAACUGAAGAUUUUGAAACCGAGCGACGAAAUGAGCUAUGUGUUGAUGUCGAAUUUGUACUGCGCUAGUGGGCAGUGGAAAAGGGCGCAAGGUUUGAGGAAGGAUAUGGUGGAACGAGGCGUGAGGAAACCGUGCGGUUGUAGUUGGAUUGAAGUGAGGAAUUGUGUUACAGCUUUUGUAGCGGGGAGUAACGAAUUUCCGUUUGUGGAUCAAGUUCGAGUGAUGCUGUGCGUUGUUGAGUCGGAGAUCAGGUAUCCGGUUUCGACUUUUUGGUGGGAUGGAAUUACUUGAGAAUUUCGUUUGGAUGAAUUUUAUUUUAUAGUGGAUUUUAAAUAUUUCA